AUGUCGAAAUCCGCGGGGUUCAGGGCCGACGAGGAGUUGUUCGCGGCGCCCGAGGAGGCCGAAACCGACUUGUUGCGUGGGCUCGGCGACGCAUCGUUCUGCAAUACAUUAAUCAUUUCACGAACAUUUGCGCCUCUGUCCAACAGUCACCUCUUCUUGAUACGUGAAAAUUGUGAUAAGUUCCGAAACGGUCCGGUGGUGAGUUAUUGAUGAAGAAUUGGAUUCCGUGUGACAAUAAUGCGAAACGAGUUCAACGCGGACUACAACAAUCCGAUGGACGAGACGAUGGAGGUGGUCAUCUCGGACAUUGCACAACGGGCGGUCGCGGAGAAGGAGCAACGGAAGACGGCUUCGUUGAAAGAGGAGACCAGCGACAUUUAG